UAGCUAUCGCUGGCUCAAUGUGUUAGAAGGUCUCCAUUUUGGCUCCAAUGUGAGAGUUACCAUUUCCCCGGUUUCUUCGAUAAAACCGCCGAAAUGAGUCUUGAGGAGGAAGUUUGCAGGAUCGGAAAACAGCUUGAGAAGAUUGUGAGCCAGGAUUCAGCGAUGGUACCUGAAGAGGCAGUCGAUCUACUUACAAAACUGAAAGAUCUACCAAUUACCCUAGAAUGCCUACAGAAAACAAGGAUUGGAAUGUCUGUCAACACAAUGAGAAAAAAGAGCAACAACAGCAAUGUACAAACCUUAGCAAAGAGUCUGAUCAAACUGUGGAAAAAGCUCCUUCCAGAAAAAAGUGGAUCUGACAAGAAAGCUGACAAUGGUAAAGCAAGCAGUGAGAAAUCCAGCAGAAGUACCUCCCCCGCCCUCAGUACAAAGUCGGACACUUCAGACGCACCCACCACGCCCAAAGACAACAAACCAAUCUCCUUCCCAAAUACAAUCACUGAUGAGUCUGUUCGAGGGAAGUGCAGAGAGAUGAUCGUCAACUCUCUACAGGUUCAGGGAGAGUUUGAAGCAGUCACGAAACCAGAGGAGGUUGCAGCUGCUUGUGAACAACUUAUAUUUGAGGAGUUUAAGGACACUAAUGUAAAAUACAAACAGCGAAUCAGGUCACGGGUGAACAACCUCAGGGACCCUAAGAAUCCAAUGUUGAAAGUCCGCGUGCUAGGAGGAGAGAUAUCCCCUGCGAGACUUGCUGUCAUGACAUCAGAGGAAAUGGCUAGCGACGAAAUGAAGAAACUCCGGCAGGAGUUUACAAAAGAAGGCAUCCGGGAAGCACAGAUGGCUAAAAAUGCUGGCACGAAAACCAAUCUGUUCAAGUGUGGGCGAUGUGGGAAGAGGGAGACAACAUACAACCAGCUACAAACACGCAGUGCAGACGAGCCAAUGACAACGUUUGUUUAUUGUAUGAACUGUGGGAACCGAUGGAAGUUUUGCUAGCUGCUGUUGACUGUCAGCAAGUUGCCUUGGUUGUUGGCAAGAUCCCUUCGUCGUCAGCAAGUUCCCUUGGUUGUUCUCAGCCCUGCGACUUGCCCACCCCCAAACCGCCUCCCCGGCUCCUGUUUUGUAGAGAUUUUUAUGGGGGUAAAUAAGGUCAACACUUGACGCACUUUCCUCGAAAGAUUUCUUGAGAUGAGAUUUUUUGGCAAUCGGGGGUCACCAGAAGCAGUCUUAAAAUCAUUGUAAUAUAUCAUGUACUUAUUGGUGAAGUUCUAAAUGUAUAGAUGGAAAAAGUAUGUGUACAAAACUGUCA